AUGGCGGCCAGCUCCUUCGCCGCCCUUCCCCUGUUAGGUCACAGCUCCACAACGAACAGAUCAUCAUCUUCUUCUUACUCAUCUCCGAAACUCAUCCGCUUCUGGAACCUCCCUAAAUCGAAAUACCGGUCUACCAAACACUCAAACCCCCGUCGUCCACAGCUCCUUGUCUCCUUCUCACUGAAUCAACAAACCGAUGAUGCCUCCGACACCUCCGACACCGCCCUCUUCCUCGAAUCCAAUUCAAUCGCUGAUUUCAUGCGGUUCAAACGCCGCCCCGACCCCGGCAAUGGCUCCAGCGAGCUGCAAACCGCAAUCGUCAGCUACAAGAAACGCUUCCCUUGGAUUCUCCUCAAUCCGUUCUUCCAGGUGGAUUUGGUCUCAACGAUUCAUAUUGCAGAUAAAGAGUACUUCACAACACUCCAAAAGGAUCUUGAACAAUAUGAUUCGAUCUUGUACGAGAUGGUAGCUAGUAAAGAGACACUGGAAAACAGAAGAAACCCAAUCGCAGCCAAGAGGCUCAAGAAGAGCUCACGUUCCAGAGGCUUUAGCAUCCUCGGCUUCAUUCAACGGCAGAUGGCAAGAGUACUCACUCUUGAUUUCCAGCUAGACUGUCUUGACUACGAAGCUAAGAACUGGUACCACGCUGAUCUCGAUUUCGAGACAUUCACGUUGCUUCAGAGGGAGAAAGGUGAGAGCUUUUACUCGUUUGCGAGAGACAUGACUGUGAAAUCAACGAAAGCGAUAAUGAAGUCAGCUACGGCAACGGAAGGUCUUGAUCCUUUGAGGUCAAAGCUUCUAUGGUUCUCAAGGGUGUUCCCAAUGCCUCUUGUGGGUCUUUUCCUCAUUGGUGCCUUUUGUGCUGACUUUGAGAACCAGACUCCAGACUAUCCAGAGCUGGAAGCUCUCUCACGUCUUGACUUUGGAGCUGCUAUGAAAGUCUUCCUCGCCAAGAGAUUGACAUCUGAGUUAACGCAAGUGACGUCAGAUAUAGAGGAGAAGUCUGUGAUCAUUGGGGAGAGAAACAGAGCAGCUACGGAAGCUUUGAGAAGAGCGGUUGAGCAAGGGCAUAAAAGAGUUGCGAUUCUUUAUGGAGGAGGGCACAUGCCUGACUUGGGAAGACGGCUUAGAGAAGAGUUUGAUCUUGUUCCUUCAGAGGUGAGAUGGGUAACGGCUUGGUCUAUUAGAAAUCCAAUGGACUUGGAGGUUACUUCGUUUCCGGUUCUCAGGAAGAUAGCUGAGGCUUUGCGUUGGCCGCUUGACCGGUACCAGACCUUGGCGUUGCUGAUUUUUUCGUCUGUUCUUGCGCUUGAUCUCUGCUUUUGGGAGCUUUUCUUUGAUUCCACUAUUGAUUGGGCUUCUCAGAUUGCUACAGAGGUGUACCAGUUUGUAGAUAAUUCAAAAUUAGUGUGA